UAUGCUCUUUUUAUAUGUUGUGAUCUGAAUAAAUUUUGCAUAAAAUGGUUAUGAGUUAGGGAAAUGUGAGGUAAAGACAAAAACAAAAAGGCGAGAAACUGAGAAUACAGAAUGGGAGAUGAAUAGAGUGGUGUAAGUGCGCAGCCCUAGUUUAUUGAGUUUGCUAAUUGCUGGGAAUUAGGAAGAAAUAAAAUCCAUAGAAGCUUUGUGCGGACUCAGGAGUGGUGUUGAAGAAAUAAUGAGUCGCUACGAUUCUCGGUCUACUGAUCCUACUUCCUACCGCGACCGUCGCAGUGAUUACGGAGCAUCGACAGGUAGUGAAUAUGGCGGCGGAGGUCGAAUUGGAGCUCCGGCGCCGAGAAGAGAUUCCUCGCCUCAAAGGAAAUUGGAUUUAGACGGAUUGACGCCUUUUGAGAAGAAUUUCUACGUGGAAACACCCUCUAUCGCUGCCAUGACUGACGAAGAGGUUGCUCAGUAUAGGAGAGUUAGGGAUAUCACAAUCGAGGGCCGUGACGUCCCCAAGCCUGUUAAAACCUUCUCCGAUGUCGGCUUCCCAGAGUAUGUUUUAGAAGAGGUUAAGAAGGCUGGAUUCGUUGAACCCACAGCUAUUCAAGCUCAAGGAUGGCCGAUGGCCCUAAAGGGUCGAGAUCUUAUUGGUCUUGCUGAAACUGGAUCAGGGAAAACGCUUGCCUACUUGCUACCUGCUAUUGUCCAUGUCAAUGCUCAGCCCAUUCUAUCUCAUGGUGACGGUCCCAUUGUAUUAGUUCUCGCUCCCACUAGGGAACUUGCUGUACAAAUUCAACAAGAAGCCACUAAGUUUGGUGCUUCAUCAAGGAUUAAGAAUACCUGCAUCUAUGGCGGGGUUCCUAAGGGACCUCAAGUUCGUGAUCUCAAUAAAGGUGUUGAGAUAGUAAUUGCAACACCUGGAAGGUUGAUUGAUAUGUUGGAAUCCAACCACACUAAUUUGCGUAGGGUCACCUACCUUGUCUUGGAUGAGGCAGAUCGAAUGCUCGACAUGGGCUUUGAACCUCAAAUUCGCAAAAUUGUGUCUCAGAUUCGACCAGAUCGUCAAACGCUAUACUGGAGUGCCACUUGGCCAAAGGAAGUUGAGCAACUUGCUAGGCAGUUUCUACAUAAUGCAUAUAAGGUGAUCAUUGGCUCUCCAGACUUAAAAGCUAACCACGCGAUCCGUCAGAUUGUGGAGAUUGUCUCUGAGAAUCAGAAGUAUAAGAAACUGGUGGAUCUGCUGGAGGAUAUAAUGGAUGGAAGUCGAAUUUUGGUAUUUAUGGACACUAAAAAGGGAUGUGAUCAGAUUACUCGGCAGCUUCGCAUGGAUGGUUGGCCUGCUCUUUCAAUUCACGGGGAUAAGAGCCAAGCAGAAAGGGAUUGGGUGCUGUCAGAGUUUAAAUCUGGCAAGAGUCCUAUAAUGACUGCUACAGAUGUUGCAGCUCGUGGCCUAGAUGUGAAAGACGUAAAAUUUGUGAUAAACUAUGAUUUCCCUGGUUCACUUGAAGACUAUGUUCACCGUAUUGGUAGAACAGGGAGAGCUGGGGCCACUGGAACAGCAUACACUUUUUUCACCGCUGCAAAUGCUCGAUUUGCGAAGGAACUUAUUGCCAUUCUCGAGGAAGCUGGACAGAAGGUUAAUCCUGAGCUGGCUGCUAUGGGCAAAGGUGCCCCAACUCCUUUAGCUGGUGGUUACCCUGAAAGGAGGAGCCGCUACAAUACGGGUCGGUCAUGGAGCUAAUAGAGGUCACCCGAAUGAACAUAUGCUGUUAAUACCCCUUUACUUACAUUAGUAAUUUGCUUCUGUAACCAAAUGCUGGGUUUUGACUAGGAAUGACAGUUUCAGAUGCUGUUCAAUUAGGUUGUGGAGUUUUCUAAUAGGGUCUUUGUAUAAAUUGUGUGUCUCAGAGGCUCCUGGUGCAUAAUACGGUUGUAUGAUGCAUUUAUCUGCACCAAUUAAACUGUAGCUGAUAUCUAUCAGUGGAUGCAAGUGUUAAAUUAAUGCAAAUUUAUUAUAUCA